CAAAAGGAGAACAGCUCAGAUUGGCACUCACAUGCUUGAAAGGAGAAAGAGGUUUCCUGUCAUCCGGUCAAAUCUAAGCUCCAGAAUGAUCCAAGGUCUCUUGGUUACUAUAUGCUUAGCAGUUUUUCCAUAUCAAGGGAGCUCUACAAAGGAAUUCUGGAGGGCUAGCAAUUAUGAAAUAGUGUAUCCCCAAAAACUCCAUGCAUUGCACAAAAGAGACCUGGGAGAAGCCCAGAAAUCUGAGCAAAAGACCAAGUAUGAAGAUACCCUGCAAUAUGAAAUUAAAAUGAAUGGAGAGAAAGUGGUCCUUCACCUAGGAAAAAAUAAAGGACUUUUUUCCCGUGAUUACAGUGAGACCCAUUAUUCCCCUGAUGGCAGAGAAAUUACAACAAGCCCUCAGACUGAGGAUCACUGCUAUUAUGAUGGCCACAUCCAGAAUGAUACGGACUCGACUGCAAGCAUCAGUGCAUGCCAUGGUUUGAAAGGGUAUUUCAAGAGUCAUGGUGAGAAGUACCUUAUUGAACCCUUGAAGCUCUCAGACAGUGAAGCCCAUGCAGUCUUCAAGUAUGAGAGUCUAGAAAAAGAGGAUGAGACCCCCAAAAUCUGUGGGGUAACCAACACAACUUGGGAAUCAGCUGACCCCAUCAAAAAGACCUCUCGGAUGAGCACAAGUGCUGAAAAACAGGAAUACUUGAGGGCCAAAAAGUAUGUUGAACUUUACAUAGCUGUAGACCACACAGUGUUCAGGAAGUACAGCCGCAACAUUACUGGUGUAAAGACAAGAGUAUUUGAAAUAGUCAACUAUAUAAAUGCGGUUUACAAAGCUUUGAAUAUUCACGUAGCAUUGAUUGGCCUAGAAAUUUGGUCCGACGAAGAUAAGAUUGUCGUCAAUUCAUCAGCCGGCAUCACUUUGGAUCGCUUUUCAGCAUGGAGGCAAUCAUAUCUGCUGAAGCGCAAAAGGAAUGAUAAUGCUCAAUUGCUCACGGGUAUUGACUUCAGCGGACCAACCGUAGGAUUGGCUUAUGUGGCAACCAUGUGCAAUCCCAGCCAUUCCCUGGGAGUUGUUCAGGAUCACAACACCAGUCCUAUUGCUAUUGCGGCUACAAUGGCCCAUGAGAUGGGUCAUAAUUUUGGCAUGAAUCAUGACAACACCUUCUGUACCUGCAGGUCUGACUCAUGCAUUAUGGCUGCACAGCUCAGCUAUAAAACUCCCCAGCAUUUCAGCUCUUGUAGUGUCCAGGAUUAUGAGAAAUAUAUCAUGGACCGAACCCCACAAUGCAUUAUCAACCAGCCUUUGAGCAAAGAAAUUGUUGCAACCCCAGUCUGUGGGAAUGACUUUGUGGAGGAGGGAGAAGAAUGUGACUGUGGCUCUCCAAAGGAAUGUAAAAAUGAGUGCUGUGAAGCUGCAACUUGUAAACUGAAAUCUGGUGCAAAGUGUGGAUAUGGGCAGUGUUGUGAGAAUUGUCAGCUUAGGAAAGCAGGAGCAGUGUGCCGGGCAGCAAAGCAUGACUGUGACUUGCCUGAACUGUGCACUGGCCAAUCCCCUCAAUGUCCCAUGGAUCGCUUCCGCAUGAAUGGACACCCAUGCGAAGAGAACGAGGGUUACUGCUACAUGGGCAAGUGCCCCACCUUGGCCAACCAAUGUACCGUUCUCUGGGGGUCAGGUGCAAAAGUGGCUGCAGAUUCAUGUUUUGCGAUCAACAGGAAUGGGGUUUAUUAUGGCCACUGCAGAAAGGCAAAUGGUACAUACAUCCCAUGUGGACAAAAGGAUCUAAAAUGUGGCAAGUUGUACUGCACAGGUGGUUCAAGGAUGCCUUCAACUGGGAGCCUGGUGUCAUUUGAUUCAUGCAAAGGAAGCUUUCCAGGGAAUAACCAAGAAGAUGUUGGAAUGGUUGGUCCUGGAACAAAAUGUGGAGAAGGAAUGGUCUGCAACAACGGGCAGUGUGCUGAGAUAGAGGCAACCUACAGAUCUACCAACUGUUCAGAGAAAUGCAGAGGACACUCUGUGUGUGACCAUGAACUGCAGUGCCAGUGUGAAGAAGGAUGGGCACCACCCCACUGUGAUGACCCCACAGCAAAUAGAAACAUCAUCAUCAUUGUUGUAGUUGUACUAGUAGUCUUACUAGUCACUGCCAUCAUCCUUGCAGUUCUCUUCCGCUGCUACAUUUUAAAGAAGAAACAAAAUCAAAGCACUCACAAAAGUGCAGCUGGAGCCACAAAUCCUGCUUUCUCUGGUCCAGAUCAGAGGAGGAAACCGCAUCUUGGUCCAGUGUCCAACCAUUCAGAGAUAAAUUCUUCUCGAUUUCUCCUCCCACCACCUCCAUCCCAAGCAAAUAAACCACCAGUCUGUGCUAAAAUCCCAGUUAAACAAUUCAACCACACACCAACAGCAUAUCAAAAUGCCAGAAUGCCCAUUGUAAAACCAAGCAUUCCUCCACCUCCUGUUCCAACAGCAAAAUCGGCCAUAUCUCCAGCCAUGAGAGAAACAAAUUCAUUUCCUUCUCCUCACAUCAAGUGUAAGCCAGCUCCUCCACCUCCACCCCAGGCACUGAAACCCCCCAAGUAAUCUCAGGGUAUGAAACAAAGAAAGAAUCAGAAAUAAUACUUAUUCUCUGAUUUCCAUUCCCUUGUCUGCAAAGGAAUACUGAAUGGCUGAUUUCUUUCUACAAGUCUAAUGCUUCCUCUGCAGUGGGGAAUGUCAUGUUAACUUUGGGGGCAUGAUCACCUGCAGUCCUAACUCUAAAGUCGGAAACUGAUAGGCAUGUCUUCAGCUCUCUUCCAUCUUCAGCUCUCUUCCUGGAUUUCAAAUUGGGAGAUCCUGGUAGAGUUGGGAGGAUUCUGUGAAUUGUGAACUGAGCCAAAAGAUGCAAAGAAGCCAUGAUGCCUCCAUGUGAGAUUGAAACACCCAUCACUGCCAACUGUGGACAAGAUCCAAAGUUAAAGAAAGCUUUUUGAUACUUAAUGCAAGUGGGAACAGAAACUGUCCUGCCUACUGAAUUAUUCACUUUACUCUCAUGGAGUAGAAAAUGACUGAGCCUUGCAUGAUGCCACCAACCCAUACAGGUUCUUUGAUGUAAGUGAGGGCAGAUCUCUUUGAUCCUCCUCCCUACCCGGGGCAAACACAGAAGCAGAGAUGAGACUUGGGAUGUCUAGUGCCUCACUGUUUUUUGCUCAAGGACUUUUCAGUGUACAAUUUUAAUAGGUUUGCCAACUUUUUUCACCAGACUCUGCUCCUAUUCCCUAAGGCUACAUGUGACCGAUCACUUCUCUCAGAGUAGCAUUAUUUUAUUCUAGAGUAGGCGUGGGCAGAUCUUUCAAUGCCAAAUGUUAU